GGGGUAAAGGAUCACUUCCUCCCACUCACCCUCCCACUUCCCUUGUCGUCGCGGGAAACGUCAUCCCUGCGCGACCACCAGGCGAUAGGGCGCCUCGUGUCUGAGACGUGCCGUUCCAAGAGAUCCCCUUUAUUCACGCCAUGGCGGGAAAUUUUACGCUACAGGAGGAUCUCGCACCGCUGGUUCCCCCGCCUCCGCCGCCUCCUCCCCCCCAUCGUCCGUGCGUCGAGCUGCCGUCUUUCGAGACUGCGCGAACGCUGGCGGAGAGCCGCUACUCCUGCCUGGUAGUAAUGCCGCAUAGGAGGCACAUUGCGCUGCCGCCGCGUUUCCUGCAUCGAAAGCGGACGGGCAUCUGCGCCCAGCUGGACUCUGAGCUGCGCUGCUAUUCGGAGAGCUUUCAAGGUGUUCCUGUGGCUUAUGAUGAUAUUAAAAUAACAAAUGAACUGGGAGAUAUAAUUGAUGACAUGGGAGCCAUCCAUAUGGACGUUGAAGCAAAUUUUGUUGUCUUUCGGCCAAAACCAGGGAAAAAACUUGUGGGUAUAAUCAACAAAAUAGCACCCAGCCACACAGGCUGUCUGGUACAUGGAUGUUUCAAUGCUUGUAUCCCCAAACCUGACCACAUAUUGGUUGAUGAAUGGAAAAAUCUUGGCUUUGAAAUGGGCAACAGACUGCUGUUUAAAGUGUUGUGUUUUGAUUCAGAUGCUGCUGGAGUGUUCUGCAUCCGAGGAAGAUUAUGUAAAGACAGCACUGGAGAAGAAACACCAAAGGAAAAAUGCAAGAAAAAACAUGAAAGUUACUGUGUGCAGAAUGGCACAAAGGAGAUGGAGACUGACGUAGCAACUAUUGAGACUGCAGAUACUGAGCUACAGAACGAUGACUUUGAUAAUGGAAUUUGUGACAACCCACAGAAAGAGACCAGACAACACAAAGCUGAUUUGGGGGUGCAUGCCAGUGACUCGAGUGGUUACCAGAGCGAUCAUGGCAAAUCAAAGAAAAAGAAGAAAAAACGUGAGGAAGAAAAAUGAACUUCCUGGAUUGUCACAACCCAAAACUAAGAAGAAGAGAAAAGAAUGAGAGAUAGUUUGAAUAAUACCAAAGUGCCUUGGAUGAAUCUAGAACUCUUCCAUGAGACACAUUUGAUGAAUUGUUACACUUCAUUUUAGCAUCACCAUGUGUUGGAGGAGGUGUCCUGUUAUAUUUAUGCUGCAUAUGUGCACAUGGAAAUGGAAUAUACAGAUAGAUAAUAAAUAAUAUGAGAAUA